AUGGGCGAGGAUGUGGGAAACCACGGUAGUAGGGCGGCGGUAGUCGUGUUGGUGCCGUUCCCGGCGCAAGGCCACGUCACGCCGAUGGUGCAACUGGCGGUGGCGCUGUGCCGCCACGGGUUCCGCGCGGUGGUCGCACUGCCGGAGUCCGUCCACCGCAGCCUCCCCGGCGGCGGCGCCGGCGCCGGCGAGGUCGUCUUCCGGUGCCUCCCCGAUGGUCUCAACGAGGGCGGCGCGGCGAACUUCUCCGCGAUCGACCGCGCCAUGGAGGAGACCAUGCCGCCAUCCUUCGAGGCCCUCCUGAGGACCCACAACGUCGCUUUCGUCGUCUCCGAUAUGCUGGCCUCGUGGGCUAUAGCCGCCGCCGAUCGCUGCUCCGUGCCGGUGGCAGGCUUCUGGACGGGCAUGCUCGCCACUUACGACCUCAUCUGCUCCGCGCCGGAGCUGAUCCGCCGCCGCCUCAUCUCCUCCUCCGGUAAGCCCCUCAAACCUGAAACUUGAAACCUUCCUCCGUAACAUUCUCCCUUCUCGCUGGCGGAGCUAAGAAGAACCAUGGCAGGGAUUCCCCUCGCCGUAGGAGGGGUCGGAAGCAGUACCAGCAGCAUAUCGGAGGUCCUGCCGAGGCUGACGACGGAGGACCUGCCGUGGCUCGUCGGCGACCUGAAUUCCCAGAUGGCCCGCUUCGCCUUCUGGCAGCGGGCCAUCAACCGGUGGGCGCCUCUCCGCUGGCUCAUCGCCAACACCUUCUCCGGCGACGCCGGCGCUGCCGCCGCUACGCUGCGCGUGUUCCGGGUGGCGCCGCUGGAGCCCGCGGCGGCCGGUGGCGGCGCCUCGAGCUUCUGGGAGGAAGACUCCAGCUGCCUGCGCUGGCUCGACGCUCAUCCCCCCGCCUCCGUCGUCUACGUCUCCUUCGGCAGCUGGGUACCGCCCAUCGGCGGCGACCUCAUCGCCGAGCUCGCGCAGGGCCUGGAGUCUGCCGGCCGGCCGUUCCUAUGGGUCAUGCCCGAUGCCUGGAGGAGCGGACUCCCGCUAGGGUUUCUCGAGCGGUGGUCGUCGUCUACUUCCUCGUUGGGGAAGGUGGUGAAGUGGGCGCCGCAGUUGGCGGUGCUCCGGCACGGCGCCGUGGGGUGCUUCCUCAGCCACUGCGGAUGGAACUCCACCAUGGAGGCCAUCCGCUGCCGGACGCCGCUGCUCUGCUACCCCCUCGCCGGCGACCAGUUCGUCAACAGCCGGUACAUCGUGGAGGCCUGGAAGAUCGGGGUGAGGCUGGAGAGUAUGCGGCGAGGGGCGUUGGAGGAGGGCCUGUCAGAGGUGAUGGGCCCCGCCGGCGACGGUCUGCGGCGGCGGCUCGCCGGAAUGAGCGAAGAGAUCUUCGGGGAGGACGGCCAGGAGGUCACCGCCAAGGAACUGAUGUCCUUCGUGGAGGAGCUCAGCACCGCCGUGGACACCACCGGAGAAGAGCACCUCCAUCCUCAACUCUGCUCGCUCUAG